GUUUUUACACAGGGUGUGAUAGGUAUACAGCUAGUUCUUACUAUGGUGAUGGCCAGUGUUAUGCAGAAGAUUAUACCUCACUACUCUCUUGCGCGAUGGCUGCUCUGUAAUGGCAGUUUGAGGUGGUAUCAACAUCCUACAGAAAAAGAAUUACGAAUUCUUGCUGGGAAACAACAAAAGACGAAGAGCAGAAAGGAUAGGAGAUAUAAUGGUCACAUUGAAAGUAAGCCACUAACCGUUCCAAAGGACAUUGACCUUCAUCUGGAAACAAAAUCAGUUACAGAAGUGGAUACUUUAGCACUACAUUACUUUCCAGAAUACCAGUGGUUAGUGGAUUUCACAGUGGCUGCUACAGUUGUAUAUUUAGUAACCGAAGUCUACUACAGUUUUAUGAAGCCAUCUCAAGAAAUGAAUAUCAGUGUGGUCUGGUGCCUGCUUGUUUUGAGUUUUGCAAUGAAAAUUCUAUUUUCAUUAACUACACACUAUUUUAAAGUAGAAGAUGGUGGUGAAAGAUCAGUCUGUGUUACCUUUGGAUUUUUUUUCUUUGUCAAAGCAAUGGCUGUUUUGAUUGUAACAGAAAAUUAUCUGGAAUUUGGACUUGAAACAGGUUUUACAAAUUUUUCAGAUAGUGCAUUGCAGUUUCUUGAAAAACAAGGUUUAGAAUCUCAGGGUCCUGUAUCUAAACUUACUUUCAAAUUUUUUCUCGCCAUUUUCUGUUCACUCAUUGGGGCUUUUUUGACAUUUCCUGGAUUACGACUGGCUCAGAUGCAUCUGGAUGCCCUGAAUUUGGCAACAGGAAAAAUUAAACAAAUAUUACUUCAUAUCAACUUCUUAGCACCUUUAUUUAUGGUUCUUCUCUGGGUAAAACCAAUCACCAAAGACUACAUUAUGAACCCACCUCUGGGAAAAGAAAGCAUCCCUUUAAUGACUGAAGCUACAUUUGAUACUCUUCGACUGUGGUUAAUAAUCCUGCUAUGCGCUUUGCGGUUGGCCAUGAUGCCUAGUCACAUGCAAGCUUACUUAAACUUAGCCCGGAAAUGUGUGGAUCGGCUGAAGAAAGAAGCAGGACGAAUAAGCACAAUUGAGCUACAGAAAAUGGUGGCUCGAGUCUUUUAUUACCUCUGUGUCAUUGCACUGCAGUAUGUGGCACCUCUCGUAAUGCUGCUUCAUACAACUCUCCUUUUGAAAACACUAGGUAACCAUUCUUGGGGAAUUUAUCCAGAAACUAUUUCUUCCUUGUCAGUGGAUAAUGGUCUACCCUCCAAUUCUGUUUACUCUGACUCACCAUCUGCUGAUGGGAAAAUGAAAGUAACUGUUACACAAGUAACUGUGGCGCUGGGCAGCUUAAGAAACAUUUUCACUCCUCUGCUCUUCCGAGGACUUCUGUCUUUUCUGACAUGGUGGAUUGCUGCUUGCCUCUUUUCUACGAGCCUUUUUGGGCUUUUCUAUCACCAGUAUCUGACUGUGGCAUAAAUCUCAAUUAAUAAAAAAGAAUAUGUGCGUCACAUUUUAAAUGUUUGUGUGUUUAAAGGGUUGAAGAAAACCAGAAGAAAGAAAUAUUAAGCAUAUCAGAGUAUCUUCUUGUUUUAAAUGUUUCCUCUGUAUUCUCAGGGUGAAUUAAUAUUAUAAUAUUUAAAAUCACAGAAUAGAUUGUUAACUACUGUACUGUGGCAUUUGAAUUUUAACUCUGUAUUAACUGAUGUGAGAAAGCUAUCUAUAAGGGUAAUAAUUCUGGAUUACCUUGGUUUACAGUAACCUCCAGCAGUCUUUGAAACUUCUCAAAUGACUUCAGUUAUUGAUGGGCUGCUCAUAAUGGUAUUAAGGUACUGUUAAUAAUAGUGGUUGCCUAUGGAACAAUCUACAAACUGAGCCACAUUUUGGGGAAGAGAAGGAGUGAAAGUCUCUUCUGUUGGUACUGUUUUCUCUAAACUCAACAAUUAAAAACCAACAGAAAAGAAGAAAUAGCUGCUGUAUAUUACAGUAAAGAAAACUGCAUAGUUACUUAAAUUUAAUGAAGAUGUACUUGCUUUAUCUACAAGUACUGCUGCUUAAAACUAGCAAGAGUGUUGUUUUAAAAUGUAUUUUAUCCAACCUGAAAGUUCUUUCAAAUUGAUUGACCAUAUGAAAGUUUGCAAUCUUAAUUUAGAUUUGGGCAUCCCAUUUUUUUUAUUUGAUUGUGGAAUCAUAAAUAGUUCUUUAUAAUAGCCUAAAAAUAUUUAUCAAUACUGAUCAAACUUUUAAAAAAAUAUUACUUUGUAAUCCUGCUGACUACCUGUAUGUAUUGUACAUAUAUUAUAUAUUAAGUAUAUAAUAUAUUGAGAUUAUAAAAGAUGAAAAUAUUGAAUCCUAUUUUAAGUUGCUGAAUGUAUGUUUUUAAAAAGUAAUUGAAUGAGAUGUGUUUGUUUACAGAAAUUUUCUUUUUGGAAUGAGAUUAAAAAUAAUUUUAAAA